AUGUCCGAUUACGCUCCUCCCACAGGGCCUCCGCCGCCCAAGGCCCCCGAAGUUCCCGCUGGUUGGGCCGCUCGGUGGAACGACCAGUACAAAGAAUGGUUCUACGUAAACAUCUACACCAAGAAGUCCCAAUGGGACAAGCCCACCAGCCCUGUCUUCCCUGACGGAGACGCCCCGCCUUCCGGGCCUCCUCCUGGCUACGACGGCCACAAUGCUCCCCGCACGUCCGAUGCCAAGACGAACCCUUAUGGCGAUUCGAGCAACAACUUUGGAGGCUCAUCAUCAAGGCAGGCGCAGGAAGACGAGGAUGCUCGCCUGGCAGCCAAGAUGCAGGCCGAAGAAAACGCCCGGGCUCGCAGCGCUUCUUCCAACCCUCCCGGAUACAACAACUAUUCUGGAGGUGCUGCCGAUUCGUACCGCCAGCAGAGCACCAGCCCGUACCCUCCCCCGCAAAGCAGCCCGUAUGGUACACCCCAGCCGCAGCAGCAACAGGGCGAGUCCAGAGGUCUUUUGGGCAAGCUGACCAGCAAGAUCGCUGGUAAGUCUCCUGGCGGCUUCCCCGGUGCCCCCGGCGCUGGCGGCUACGGGGGCUACGGUCCUCCUCAGCAGCAAUACGGCGCCCCUCCGGCUCCUUAUGGCCAGGCUCCUUCUCCCUACGGAGGAGCUCCUGGUGCCUAUGGCGGCGGAUAUGCUCCCGGAUACGGUGCUCCUCCUCCUGCCCCUUACGGCCAGCCAGCCUAUGGCUAUCAGCAGCCGCAGCAGCAACCUGCGAAGAAGAGCGGAGGUGGUCUCGGUUUGGCCGGAGGAGCUGCCCUCGGUCUAGCUGGUGGUGUUGUGGGUGGUCUGCUGAUAGAUGACGCGAUUGAUCACUUUGAAGACGAAGGAUAUGAACGCGGCUAUGAUGUCGACACAGACCAAGGAUAUGACAAUGGGUUUGACAACGGAUACGAUGAUGGUGGCGGUGACUUUUAA